AAAACGAAAGGUUAAAUGUAAAUAACUUGAAAGAAAAGCAGUGAAUUUAGAGUCUAAUCUCACUUCCUGGAGGUUCUGCUUCCCCGUGCAUGCCCCAGACCCGCUCUGCAGAGCGCCCGGAGCCCUCUGGGCUCUGAUCGCCUCCCCUCGGGGCUUCUCCUCGGGCCCCGACACUCGGGGAGAUGAGACCUUUCCCACUGGUUCUCUUUUGACCGAUCGUGUUUCAGGCUGACUUUGCCACCCAUGAGGAUGCAGAAGGUGCUGCUGCAGGGUAUCACGAUAACUGCACACCCUGACCCAAGUGUCAGUAUUUUAUUUACUCGUGUCUCCUUAUUAGGAGACACGGGGAAAUAAAAUAUUGACACUUAAUAAAGACAAUUUCCCCACCUAGGGCUGAAAGCAUUUGAGAUAUUUUCUUUGCACUGCAGACCUGCAGCCUGCUCCAACUGUGUCUUGACCCAAGAGCUGUUUUUUCAUCCCAUGAAAUGCGAUAUCCAUGAAGCCUUGAGAUGACAAUUGGGUAUGUUAGACUACUGAAUUUACUCCUGAAUAGAAAACUUUAAAAUCAGAACAAUGAUCAGUCAAAUCAGAAGAAAAAAAAGAGCCCAUGUUGAUAUAAGAAAAGUUCAAGAGGUAUUUUGGUUUAGCCUGGGGAAGAUGACAAUUAUUACAUUAUUUGUUACAUUUAGCUUUGCUAAGUUUACUUUUUUAAGGUAGUACAUCCAGUAAGUGUCUCUAUUAUUAUGCCUCUUAGGAGUUCACAUUAUUAACAUUUUAAAGCUUCCUCUUGAAACCUUUUUUCUUAAUGAAAAAAGAAAAAAGAAAAAAGAAAAAAGAAAAAAGAAAAAAGAAAAAAGAAAAAAGAAAAAAGAAAAAAGAAAAAAGAAAAAAGAAAAAAAGAAAUAAAGAAAAAAGAAAAAAAAAAGAAAUAAAGAAAAAAGGAAAAAGAAAGAAUUUGUAGUUUGACAAAAGCCUGGCAGUGGUCUUAUGGGGAAAUGAAGAUAUUUGGGAGAAUCUCCAUCGGUAUGAACCAAGUUAGCUUUCCGGGAAUGGGGGAGUAAUGCUGAAUCGCAGGCCUCAGCCUGGUUUUGUGUUCAGUUUUCCCUGUUCAUCCCUGCCCUUAUGCUUUGCACAAGCAAUUGCAACCAACUUAAAACCUCUGCAUUUUGGACUGAGAGCAAUGAAACAUGUUUUUCUCAUUUAUUCUUUGUUGGCAUGUCCGUGCCACCUUAUUUCGGCACGUUUGUGUCCAUUGCGCUGAGUGCAUUCCUGUGUGACAAGGGAGCCGUGUGUGUGACCGCCCUCAGCGGCGGGCGGGGCUGGGGGCACUUCGGCACUUCGGCACUUCGGCACUUCGGCACUUCGGCACUUCGGCACUUCGGCACUUCGGCAGUGCCCGCUCGUGCGGGAAGCCGCGGUGUGCCCAUCGCGCUGUGCUGCGCUCCUGGAGCGUGGGCUGAGCACAGUCCGGCAGCGCUGUCACCGCGCUGUCACCGCGCUGUCACCGCGCUGUCACCGCGCUGUCACCGCGCUGUCACCGCGCUGUGCGGGCCGUGCCGCAACACAACACUGUGAAGGGCAGGGGAGCGAGAGGGCGAGGUGUGAGGGGUCUGCAGCGGGGUCUGAGUGUGGGAGGGGGUGAGGGAGUGCGGAUGCGAGGCGGUGCGUGCGAGGGGCUGUGUGCGAGGGGCUCCGUGCGAGGGGCUCCGUGUGAGGAGGACACGCGGCUACCGGGGAUGCGGGAUGCGGGAUGCGGAGAUGCCAAAGCCACACUCCCCGCGCUCUCGCCCCGCCCCGCUGCCCUCCGCCGGCCCUCGGGGCCGGGCUCCACCGCCUGCGCCCGCCCCGUCCCUCCUUCCCCUCGCUCCCCCUCCCCGCCACCGGGACUUCCCUUCGCGCUCUAUUCAGCGGUGCCGCGCCGCUACUCCGGUAUGUCCCGCAGCCGGGCAUCGCCCAGCGCCCGGCCUCUGUAGCGCCUCCGGCCACGGGUGAGGAGGGGCCGAGGGGCCAUGGGGGGCUCCUGAGGGAGCGGGGAGCGGAGCGCCCGGCCCGCGCCGCCACCAUGGAGCCGCCGCCGCCCGGCGCCCCCGGCGCGGCCGAGCCCGCCGGCUGCCCCAGGGACACCGACCGCCAGCUGCGCCUCCGCCUCUGCGUCCUCAACGAGAUCCUCAGCACGGAGCGCGACUACGUGGGGACCCUCCGCUUCCUGCAGUCGGCAUUUCUGCACCGGAUCCGACAGAAUGCAGUGGACAAAGCUGAGAAGUACAUAACAGAGGAGAAUGUUAAGAUCUUAUUUUCUAACAUUGAAGACAUUCUUGGUGUUCACAAGGAGUUCCUGGCUGCUCUGGAAUUUUGUAUGCAACCAGAACCCCAGUCUCAGCAUGAACUGGGAAAUGUUUUCUUAAAAUUUAAAGAUAAAUUCUUUGUGUACCAGGAGUACUGUAGCAACCACGAGAAAGCACUCAGACUGCUGAUGGAAUUGAACAAGAUCCCGACGGUCAGAACAUUCCUUCUGGGUUGCAUGCUUUUGGGAGGCAGAAAGACAACAGACAUUCCACUAGAGGGUUAUCUGCUGACUCCAAUUCAGAGAAUUUGCAAAUACCCUCUUCUGCUCAAGGAAUUAGCUAAGAGGACUCCCUCUAAGCAUCCUGAUCACCCAGCUGUCCAGAACGCACUGCAGGCAAUGAAGACAGUCUGUACAAAUAUCAAUGAGACCAAGAGACAGAUGGAGAAACUGGAAGCCCUUGAACAGUUGCAGUCCCACAUUGAGGGAUGGGAGGGAUCAAAUCUGACAGAUAUUUGCACACAGCUCUUACUGCAAGGGACUUUGUUAAAAAUCUCAGCAGGAAACAUCCAGGAGAGAAUGUUCUUUCUGUUUGAUAAUCUCCUGGUCUAUUGCAAGAGGAAAUCCAGAGUUACUGGGAAAAAACCAUCUAAAAGGACAAAGUCCAUCAACGGGUCCCUUUAUAUCUUCAGGGGCCGAAUAAAUACAGAAGUCAUGGAAGUAGAGAAUGUGGAAGAUGGAACAGCAGAUUACCACAGCAACGGCUACACAGUGACAAACGGCUGGAAGAUUCACAACACAGCCAAGAACAAGUGGUUUGUCUGUAUGGCCAAGACUGCCGAAGAUAAACAGAAAUGGCUGGAUGCUAUAAUCAAGGAAAGGGAGCAGAGAGAGAGUUUGAAACUGGGAAUGGAGAGGGAUGCAUAUGUCAUGAUUGCUGAGAAAGGAGAGAAGCUGUACCAAAUGAUGAUGAGCAAGAAAGUGAACCUUAUCAAAGAUAGGAGAAGAAAAUUAAGUACUGUUCCCAAGUGCUUUCUUGGCAACGAGUUUGUGUCCUGGCUCACUGAGAUUGGAGAGAUAAGCAAACCAGAGGAAGGGGUCAACCUGGGACAGGCACUAUUGGAAAAUGGAAUCAUUCAUCAUGUUUCAGAUAAGCACCAGUUUAAGAAUGAACAGGUCAUGUACAGAUUUCGCUAUGAUGAUGGAACGUACAAGCCAAGAAGUGAAUUGGAAGACAUCGUGUCCAAGGGGGUGAGACUGUACUGCCGACUGCACUGCCUGUAUACUCCAGUGGUAAAAGACCGUGACUACCACCUAAAGACAUACAAAUCAGUAAUCCCUGCAAGUAAACUAGUGGACUGGCUUAUUGCACAGGGAGACUGUCAGACUCGGGAAGAAGCUGUCGCACUGGGUGUGGGACUCUGCAAUAACGGCUUCAUGCAUCAUGUCCUGGAGAAAAGUGAAUUUAAGGAUGAAUCCUUAUAUUUCCGCUUUUAUGCUGAUGAGGAGAUGGAGGGCACCAGUUCCAAGAGCAAACAAUUACGUAAUGACUUCAAGCUUGUGGAAAACAUCCUGGGAAAGAGUCUUCUGAUUUUACCAGAAGAGGAUGAUUAUGGAUUUGACAUAGAGGAAAAGAACAAAGCAAUUGUGGUGAAGUCAGUUCGACGAGAAUCUUCUGCUGAGAUGGCUGGCCUGCAAGCAGGAAGAAAAAUCUAUUCCAUCAAUGAGGAUUUAGUAUUCCUACGCCCGUUUGCCGAAGUGGAAACCAUCUUAUCCCAGUCCUUCUGCUCACGAAGGCCACUUAGGCUUCUGGUAGCCACCAAGUCAAAAGAGAUUAUUAAAAUCCCAGAUUGUCCUGAAGCACUUUGCUUUCAGAUCCGGGGAGCAGCACCACCAUAUGUUCACGCAGUAGGAAGAGGUUCUGAGGCUGCAGCCGUGGGCCUUCAUCCAGGGCAGUGUAUUUUGAAAGUUAAUGGGAAUAAUGCAACACACGGAAAUUACAAGGAAGUUCUGGAGCACUUCACAGCCUAUAGGACCAGGCAGCAGGAAGCACUGGGGUUGUACCAGUGGGUGUACAGAACACAUGAAGAUGCUGAAAAGGACAGAGUUCAGCAAGCAGCAUCCCCUGCAUGUUUGAAUGGCAGUCACCCAGGCUCCAGGAAAGACAACUCGGCACUAGAAGGACAUGCAGAAUUGGAACCCCUUCAAAGCAGCCAACAGGAAUCAGCCCAGACACCACAGCCUGUUAUUUCUCCACUGGUCAUUGGUGAAGAAACCCCUCUCAUCAGCCUGACUGUGGAUAACACCCACCUCGAGCACGGGGUGGUGUAUGAAUAUGUUAGCAGUGCAGGAAUCAAAUCCUUUGUCCUGGAGAAAAUUGUGGAACCAAAAGGCUGCUUCAAUCUCACUGCGAAGAUUUUAGAGGCCUUUGCUGCAGAGGACAGUAAUUUCGUAAGGAACUGUGAAAGACUUAUAUCCCUAAGCAGUGCUGUGGCCACCAUGCCCCAGUAUGAAUUCCGGCAAAUCUGUGACACUAAGCUGGAAAGCAUCAGCCGGAGGCUCACGAGCUACCAAGAGUUUGCAGAUGAAUUGAAAACAAAGGUGAGCCCAGCCUUCAAACAAGCCGUCAUGGAACCACAUUCCCUCAGCAGCAUGGACUUCUGCCCCACCAACUGCCAUAUUAACCUCAUGGAGGUAUCAUACCCCAAAAGCACUACCUCAGCAGGGAGAUCGUUCAGUAUUCGCAUUGGACGGAAACCUUCUAUUAUUGGUCUUGAUCCAGAGCAAGUAGGUACCUUAAAUCCCGUCUCAUAUACUCAGCAUUGCAUCACCACUAUGGCUGCACCAUCCUGGAGAUGUCCAGCCUCAGAAGAUGGAGAUGCUGAUGGUUUUGGCCAGCAGAAUGGAGGAACAAUUUGGGAAGAAAGGGGACUCAGUUUUCUGCUGAAACAGGCAGAUUGGGAGAUGCAGGACUCCUACUUGCACCUUUUUAACAGACUUGACAUUGCAGUAAAGGAAAUGAAGCAGUAUGUCGUUCAGAUAAAUAAACUUUUGUCCACCAUAACAGAACCUACAGAAGCUGGUGCUUGUGAGCCGCCAUCUACUGAAGAGGCAUCCUCACCUUCCCUGGGAACAGAAGAGAGUGAUCCCGACAAAGCAGAGCAUGGUGGAAUCAAGAAGGUCUGUUUCAAAGUUUCUGAGGAGGACCAGGAAGACUCUGGACAUGACACAAUGAGUUUCAGAGACUCCUACAGUGAGUGUAACAGUAACCGGGACUCCGUGUUGUCCUACACCAGCGUGCGGAGCAACAGCUCUUACCUGGGCAGUGAUGAGAUGGGAUCAGGAGAUGAGCUUCCCAAUGAUAUGAGGAUACCUUUAGACAAGCAAGACAAACUUCAUGGCUGUCUGGAACACCUUUUUAACCAGGUUGAUGCAAUCAAUGCACUUCUCAAAGGACCAGGAAUAAAUAAGGCCUUUGAAGAAACCAAGCACUUUCCCAUGGACCACAGUUUGCAAGAAUUUAAACAGAAGGAAGAAACCACAGUUAGGUGCCGGAAUAAUAUUCAAGCCAGCAUUCAGGAAGAUCCAUGGAACCUUCCACUGCGCAUCAAGAACCUUGUUGACAUCAUACAGAAACAUGUGGAAGAUGGGAAGAAUCAGCUGCUUUUGGCCUUGUUAAAAUGCACAGAUACUGAGCUACAGCUGAGACGUGAUUCCAUCUUCUGUCAGUCUCUUGUGGCUGCUAUUUGCACCUUUUCAGAGCAGUUACUGGCUGCUCUCAACUAUCGGUACAACAACAAUGGGGAAUAUGAAGAGAGCAGCAGAGAUGCCAGCAGAAAAUGGCUGGAACAGAUAGCAGCCACUGGAGUUUUACUGAACUACCAGUCUCUUCUCUCCCCGGCAGUGAAGGAGGAGCGCACCAUGCUGGAAGACAUCCAGGUCACUCUGGCGGAAAUAGACAAAGUUACCUUUUUCUUCAAGCAGCUGGAUGAAGGUCUUGUAGCAAAUACUCAUGUCUUCUACCACAUCGAAGGAAGUCGUCAGGCCUUGAAGGUUAUCUUUUAUCUUGACAGCUACUACUUCUCCAAACUACCUGCUCGGUUUCAGAAUGGAGGAACCUUGAAACUGCACACAGUGCUCUUUACAAAAGCUCUGGAGAGUACAGAGGGGCAAUCACAACCAGCUGGUUCAUCUCUAGAAGAACUCCCACAGCAAAUUAAUGGUAUUUCACUUGAAAAAGUGCAGCAAUACUACCGUAAACUCAGGACAUUUUACCUAGAGAGAUCAAACUUGCCCACUGAUUCUAAUACUACUGCAGUGAAGAUUGACCAGCUUAUUCGUCCCAUCAAUGCAAUGGAUGAGCUUUGCAGGCUGUUGAAGUCUUUCAUCAGUGCAAAGCCGAUGCAGUCAGGAUGCUCCAGCAGUGCCUCCUCAGGAGCCGGCCUGCUGCCCAUCUCCUCUGAGCUCUGUUACCGACUGGGAGCCUGUCAGAUCACCAUGUGCGCUACCGGGAUGCAGAGGAGCACGCUGAGUGUGUCCCUGGAGCAAGCAGCCAUCCUGGCCCGCAGCCAUGGCCUCCUGCCCAAGUGCAUCAUGCAAGCCACAGACAUCAUGCGAAAGCAGGGACCAAGGGUUGAAAUCUCUGCCAAGAAUCUGAAAGUGAUGGACCAAAUGCCACAGCAUGCACCUCGACUCUAUAGGUUGUGCCAGCCGCCUACCGAGGGGGAUUUAUAGAAGUAAGAGGCACCUCCUGGCCUCCCCACAAGAGCAGUCAGCUCUGAGGACCCUACGGACUGACCCUGAUGGUGCUGCUGUGCUCUGGAGGAGAGGGCCCUGCUGGCCCAAGCAUCAGGAAUCUGCCUUUGAACUCCUGGGGCCCAUGCAGGAGUAUUUCUUUGACUUCUUGAAGAAAUUCUUGAAACAAACACCACAGGCAAGAAUGGAUGCUGCUGCCAUUCGCCAGAUGCCUGGAAAAAGACCAUUAUUUUUCUAGAAAGUGCAGUUCUCCUACUGACUUGUUUGUGCAACCCCCAGAAAAGUGUGGACUUCAAGAUAUGGCUUGGUUCAGAAAUUCCUGCUGGACAUGGCUCUCUCUUCCUGUACUGCCCCUGGCACACAUUUAACUGCCAGCAGGUUUUUGGUCAAUGUCCUCUAGCAGUAGUUUCAUAAAUUCCUCUUUUUCAUGAAAAGACCUGCACUUUUAAGCAAAGAAUAGCACAAUCUACGGUUUAUUCAAAUAGGAACAUAAAGAAUUUCUUCUGGAGUAAUUUUCCACUUCAGCCCAGUGAGAAAAUCUCUCUAUGCUGCAGAGUAUACAUUCCGUAAUACUUCUUAUCAUUACUUCAUUUUACUUACUGUAGAUUUCAGGUUUUUGAUUAACUCUUUUUACUAAUGCCCUGUGAUUAUGUACUCUGGAAUACAGUGCUAGUGAAGAGGAGUGUAGGAUUUUUAAGAAAAUACUACAAAGAAAAAAGACAGUCUUACAAUCUGAUUAUUUGAACAGAUGUAGUUUUUAAAACAGGUCAGAAGAACUAUACUUAUUUAUGUGGAGUGGAAUAAUACGUGUUUGCGAUCAUGUUAUUAUAUGUACAAGAUUAAAAUAAAAAUUAUAUUGUUUAAAAUGGGACCAAUAUACUGGCAGUUACACAGCUACUCCCAGUUUACUGAAAAAAUCUUCAUUAUUUAAAAUCUUCAAUAUUUAAGUAGCCUUUAAUACAGUUAUUAAGAUGUAUUAGGGAUGCUUUUAAGUUAAAAGAAAAAAGGAAUCGUGUAUAUAAUGUUCUUUAUAUUUUCCUGUUUGAGAAAUCGUUCUCUAUUCUGUCAGUAUUACCCUAAGCACUGUAGUUUUUUCCAAAUUACUGGCUGAAACUAAUCAAAGCAUGUCAGCAAGUCUCAGGACAGAAAUAAUAUUCUUUUGGAAUGAGUGCCUUAACAUGACCAACCCUCCCUAAUAUGGCAGGUGUACAAGAAACUCCCCAUUCCUUUUCCUCCAGAGCCUCCUUUAAACCAGCUCCCAGUCAGAAAACCCAUGAGUGCUUUGCAGUAUGUAUAUUUUAGAAAAUAAAGGUUUGGGGGUUUUAUUUGUGGUGUUGUUCGUUUUUUAGUGAGCUUAAUUUCAUUUUAUUAACAUCCAAAGCAAGUCAAAAAUUAAAAAUCGAUGUUUUCAUCUGGACAUGAAGGCCUCUUUAAUUUUUCUAAUCUUCUCUUGAACACAAAACUCUUUAUGGCAACUUGAGGCAUGCAGUUUGUUCUGCAUCUUGUUUCUUUGUUUUUAAAUAUUUGUUUUCUUCUCUCACAGAGGGAAAUAAUUUUGAGGAAGGAACUUGUUUUUACCUCUUUUUUUUUUUAUUUCUUACUUUUUAACUGUUUCCUCUGAUUUACAGCAACGUGUUGUAGGGAACUAGGACAGUCCAUGUUCUGCCAGCUUUGGGAUGUGGAUUUUGGUGUCCAUUCUGGACUGCAACCAGAUGAGCAGAUCUCUAUUUCAAUGCACUUUUUGUUAAUUUUGGAGAAGUUACUCUUACCAUUUGCUACCUGAAGAAAAAAUGGAUGUUUCUUCACUGAAUCCUCAAUUUCAAAUGUACUUAGUACUAUAAGAACCUUAGGAACAGCCCAAAGUGAAAAAGAACCCGUCGGAUGAGCCCUGCCUGUGUCCCUAUCAGCUGUGCUCCACAGAAGGGCCUGGGCAGGAUCCUGGCUCCUGCCCGCAGCCCUGGCAGUAGGAGAGAUGCAGAGAAGGGUGUCCAAGGGCAUUUACACUGUACACUGUUUUACACUGAAAUGUAUGUGUUAUUCUCACUGAAAACCUGAGAGACAUUUUUAUUAUUAAAAGUUGGUUUUUAUUAUAAGGAAAGAA